AUGCAGACGUCCGCGAUCCUUCUCCUGGCCGCUUGCGUCGCGUGUGCCACUGCGUUCGCUUUCAACAAUGAGGACAGACCCCAGGCCUUCGCCUACUUGGGAAAUGACGGCGGAGCCCUGCGGUCGUCCUUUGCAAAGCGAUCUGAGCCCCAAAAGUUCGCCUUCGCCAGCCCCGACCAGCUCCAGAACGCCGAGCGAUUUGCGUUUGCCUUUGCCAAGCGAGACGGCGACUUCAACGAGUACCAGCGAUUCGCCCGGGCCCAGAAAUUCGCCAAAUUCGCA